AUGUCGUCUAACAAGCGGCAUUCUAUGCUGCCCGCCGUCUCUAAUACCGGCCCACGACCACCAGUCAACUUCUCCUCGUCCCUUACCGUCUCCGACAGCGCGAUUCUUGUGGGAACUCAUUCAGUCACAAUUCAGUCUGAAAGCGUGCUCCACCCCCGGUCAAAGCUCGAGUCCACGAACGGUAGCAUUCUUAUCGGCCGUCGCUGCAUUGUACACGAACGAACACACAUUGGCGCACUCGGCAACGACGAUGCUAGCGGAGGGGUUUCCCUUGGAGACUACGUGACGAUAGAGGUUGGCACCGUGGUUGAGGCGGGAGGUACGGAAAUUGGUACAGACACGGUCAUCGGUGUCCGAUCUCGGAUCGGUCAUGGGGCUGUCAUCGGCAAGAACUGCACAAUUUCGCCCAUGACAGUCAUUAAGCCCGGCGAGAAGAUUCCCGAUUUCACUGUGGUGUACGCGAACGGCCAGCGACGGACGGACCGACGAGGAGUUACAGACUUGAAGCACAAGGCGCAGGCGCGACAGAUUGAUGUACUGAGGAGAUUGAUACCCAACAAGGCUGAGAAGUGGCUUGUUUAA